AUGUGGAACAAGAAAGCAAGAGCUAAAUGUGUGGAAUGCGGCGAAAUGGUUAAAAAUGUACGCGAACAUUUAAAGGGCGCGUAUCGAUGUCGCGGUUGUCCGUAUUACACACACUGUCGUAGUGCUUGGCAGCGUCACACUCGUGUCGAUUGUGGGAAGGAGCGAGGAGAAGUGAUGAGAAGGAGCCAGAAGAUAAUUGCAUGUGCCGAGUGCGGGCGAUCAUCGUGUCACGACCAGUCUAUGUUGAAUCAUCUGCUUGAGUGCGGCGAAGGACGUGCAGUGGUUACUAAUAUCGUGAACGAUGACGAUGAAUUUUCCAUAGCACAAGAGCUGAAGGAGGCGAAAAUGUUUGGGGUUAUCUACGAAAUAAACAGUGAAGAAGAUGAUAUUGGCUUUUGGGAGAGGCUGUAUGACAUGACUGCUUCUAGUACUGCCAAAGCAAAUGCGAGGCUUAACAGGGCCCGUCUGCAGAGCUUGAAGAGAAUGAACAUGAUGUCGGUCUUUCCUCUUGCCGAUAUGUCACGAAAAGUUUCUCAGUUGGAUACUGCAUAA